CGACAAGCAAGCAAGCAGCCCACACCAGCUAAUCGGCUGUCUGUGAGACUGACCUGUCGCAUUCAGGGGUGAGUGCCGCCAUAGUUCUUACGUGCUUCCACUAAACCGGCCGCGACCUCACACCGCACGAGCCGCGAUGGCGUGCGGGCUGCUGAGCCCGUGCAUUCCGAUCCCUCGGGAGCUCCUCGCGUCUCCCGCGGCCGCGUCGAGCCGAGGCCUGAUCCGCCGAUACGCGGGCUCCAUGGCUCCCAGCGUGCCCUUCACCCCUCGCGCUCUCACCCGGCCUCGCAGCGCAGCCCUUUCCGUAGGAGAUCGUUCCAACGGCGUGCCGAGAAGCGAGCCUAGGCCCCUUCGAGCGGCGAGCCGUUUCAACCAACCGUAUGGAUGCGUCUCGUUGUCCUCGCCUUUCUGGUCUAAAUCGUCCUCCGUGUCGAUCUCGUCCCUCCGAUUGUCACCUCUACGGUCCACAUUCACCCACGCGUCAAGAAGUCACACGUCGGGUGCUACCAGCCGGACCACCCGCAUUUGCGCCGCCGCCGCAAGCAGCGCUACUAGCGACGGCAGCAGCAGCAGCAGCACGGCAGUGGAGAUAGCAGUCGCCCCCGCAACAGCGCCGGCAGCCGGUGCUGACAUGGCAGGGCAGACGAACGGAGCGUCAGCGCAGCCGCGUAGCCGGCAGUCGUCCGCCUACCCGUUCACGGAGAUCGAGGGGAAAUGGCAGGCGCACUGGGAGGAGAGGCAGACGUUCCGGACGCCGGAUGACGUGGACACGAGCAAGCCGAAAUACUACGUGCUCGACAUGUUCCCGUACCCCAGUGGCGCGGGGCUGCACGUGGGGCACCCUGAGGGGUACACGGCGACGGACAUCAUGGCGCGGUACAAGCGCAUGCGCGGCUUCAACGUGCUGCACCCCAUGGGGUGGGACGCCUUCGGGCUGCCGGCCGAGCAGUACGCCAUAGAGACGGGCACACACCCCCGAGUGACCACAGAGCGCAACAUUGGACGGUUCAGAUCGCAGCUCAAGUCGCUGGGCUUCUCGUAUGACUGGCAGCGCGAGGUGUCCACCACGGACCCCGACUACUACCGCUGGACACAGUGGAUCUUCCUGCAGAUCCUCAACCGCGGCCUCGCCUACCAGGCUGACGUGGCAGUGAACUGGUGUCCAGCGCUCGGCACGGUGCUGGCCAAUGAGGAGGUGGUGGACGGCGUCAGUGAGAGGGGCGGGCACCCCGUUAUAAGGAAGCCCAUGCGCCAGUGGAUGCUGCGCAUCACGGCAUACGCCGAUCGCCUGCUGGACGAUUUGGACGGCCUGGAUUGGCCCGAGAGCGUCAAGGAGAUGCAGAGGAACUGGAUCGGACGGUCGGAGGGUGCUGAGGUGGAGUUUGCCAUUGCUGACGUGGCGGAUGGUUCCGCCAGCGUACGCGUGUUCACCACCCGGCCGGACACCAUCUGCGGCGCCACCUACCUGGUGUUGGCGCCAGAGCACCCACUAGUGGCGUCCGUCACAGCACCGGACCAAAAGGCAGCGGUAGAGGCGUACGUGGCAGCGGCGGCGCAGAAGAGCGACUUGGAGCGCACCGACCUUGCCAAGGAGAAGACGGGCGUGGCCACGGGGGCCGUGGCUGUCAACCCUGUCACUGGGGAGAGCAUCCCCGUGUGGGUCGCAGACUACGUGCUCGCCAGCUACGGCACGGGCGCCAUCAUGGCAGUGCCGGCGCACGACUCACGCGACCUGGAGUUCGCCCAGGCCUUCUCCCUGCCCGUGCGAGAGGUGGUUCGGGGCAGCGACGCACUGGGAGAGGCGGAGCCAAGGGAGGCGUAUGCGGGGAGUGGCGUGAUGGUGAACUCGGCGUACGCGGCCACGGGGGUGGAUCUCAACGGCAUGCAGAAUGGAGCAGCGGGGGACGCCGUGGUGGCGUGGCUGGAAGCCAGAGGGCUGGGGAAGAAGCAGAUCAAUUACAAGCUGCGGGACUGGCUGUUUGCUCGGCAGCGGUACUGGGGCGAGCCGUUCCCCGUGGUGCUGGUGCCGGGGGAGAACGGGCAGGAGCAAGUGGUUGGAGUGCCGGAGAGCCAGCUGCCGGUGGUGCUGCCUGAGAUGGCCGACUUCAACCCCACUGGCACGGGCGAGCCUCCCCUGGCUAAAGCCACGGAGUGGAUGAGCACAACAGAUCCGGCCUCUGGGCUACCAGCUAGGAGGGAAACCAACACCAUGCCCCAAUGGGCCGGCUCCUGCUGGUACUACCUUCGCUUCAUGGACCCUGCUAACUCCAACGCACUCGUGGAUCCGCAAAAGGAGAAGUACUGGGGCCCUGUGGAUCUGUACGUGGGGGGGGCAGAGCACUCGGUGCUGCACCUGCUGUAUGCGCGCUUCUGGCACAAGGUGCUGUACGACAUCGGAGCGGUGUCCACCAAGGAGCCCUUCCAAUGCCUCGUCAACCAGGGCAUGAUCCUCGGAGAGGUCGAGUUCACCGCCUUCCGGGACGCCUCCUCCGGUGCCUACGUGUCGCCCGACGCCGCUGCCAAGCGCCCAGGGGAGUGUGUCUCGGAGAGGGUGCCUGAUGAGGCGGUGGAGAAGCAGGGGGACUGUUAUGUGCUAAAGGCGGAUCCGGGAGUGCGCGUGUCUGCCCGGGCGCACAAGAUGAGCAAGUCGCGGGGGAAUGUGGUGAACCCCGACGAUGUGGUGUUUGACUUUGGGGCCGACUCGCUGCGCCUCUACGAGAUGUUCAUGGGGCCGCUCAGAGAAACCAAGGUGUGGAGCACCAAGGGCGUGGAGGGCGUGCACCGGUUCCUGGCACGGGUGUGGCGGCUGCUGGUGGGGCAGGCGGACCCCGCCACGGGGCAGUACCCGGCCACCGGGCUGGCUGCCAGCGUCGUGGAUGAUGCCCCCACAGAGGAACAGCUGAGGGCGCUGCAUGCUUGCAUACACAAGGUAACAGAGGAGGUGGAGGCGAUGCGCUUCAACACGGCCAUAGCAGCCAUGAUGGAGCUCACCAACGCCGCCUACAAGUGGCCCUCCAUGCCGAAAGACGCCGCCCGGCCGCUCGUGCUGCUGUUGUCGCCCUUCGCCCCGCACGUGGCGGAGGAGCUCUGGCAGCGCCUGGGGCACUCCUCCUCCCUCGCCUACGAGCCGUGGCCGCAGGCCCUGCCCCAAUACCUGGUGGAGGACACAAUUGCCUUGCCAGUGCAGGUGAACGGCAAGGUGCGCGCCACGCUGCAGCUGCCAGCAGGGGUGGAGCAGGAGGCAGCCGUGGCAGCGGCCGUGGCGCACCCCAACGUCGCCCGGCUGCUGGACGGGAAGAGCCUGCGGAAAACCAUCUUCGUGAAGGGGCGGAUCCUCAACCUGGUGGUGGGAUGAGGUGGAGAGAGGUGGGGGGACGGAGUGGGGGUUGCAGCCUUGCAGGUAAGUCAGAGGCUCUCAAGCAUAGAUGGAAUGGGAGCAGCAGCAGCAAGAGAGUCAUUGAAGGUUGCAGCAGGAGUAUCACGAGUGGUUGGAUUGGAUGAGACAUUCAGAAGCAGCAACCUGCUUUACGUAACAAGCUAAGUACGUAGGUGAAAGAAAGCAUCUCUCUGUGGUGGUGAUGCCUCUUGAAAUUGUGUACCGUGACAAGCAAGCAGCAGCAUUUGAUGACAUAGUCUUUGUCUCAUGCCAUCACAUCAACCCAUAAGCUGAGCAAGCAUCGGCUCAGCAGCGUCGUCUUUUGGGCCCCGCAAAUGUCUAAGCAUACAUCGCUAGCCUUGGCAUGGUAAGCCUUCCUGUGGUCUCAGAUUGUAUGCUGUGCACUCCAGUAGGUCUUUGAUCAAAGAGAAGUGUGACAUUACCAGAAGCAUCAAUUUCUUUAUCAAGUUGGUUCUUUAUUUUGUUUGAAAGAAAGAAUGUGUUGUCAACUUAUACAUAUUAUCUAUGUAGAAGUUAUAGGCUAGACUGAGGUAUGCU